CCCGAGCCCAAGAUCUCUUGACCUCAGGUUUUGACGAACAGCGAAGGCAAAGCCCCCGCCUCCUCGCGCCAAGCAAGCUAGGGUUUUUCCGCCGCCGUGAAAGCUCGUCGACGGCGCGCGAGAGGAGAGGGGCGAGAGGAGCGCAGCCUAGCCCGCCGCCAUGGCGUCCACCAAGGUGCAGCGGAUCAUGACCCAGCCCAUCAAUCUCAUCUUCCGAUUCCUCCAGAGCAAGGCGCGCAUCCAGAUCUGGCUCUUCGAGCAGAAGGACAUGCGGAUCGAGGGCAGGAUCAUCGGCUUUGAUGAAUACAUGAAUUUGGUCCUGGAGGAUUCCGAGGAGAUCAACAUCAAGAAAGACACUAGGAAAUCUCUGGGUCGGAUCCUCUUGAAAGGAGAUAACAUUACGCUAAUGAUGAACACGGGAAAGUAACGGUAGCCCUAUGUCUGCUUUAUUGCAAGGAUAAAUAUCAACCUAUAUAUCCUGAGCUCGAAUGAAGGCGAAAAUUGAGGCUGUAGUAGACUUCAUCUCUGUCUUGUUCAAAUUUGAUUGUAAUAUACCAUAUUGGCCAGGAUAGUAGAGGGCCCCUGUGAAGUUGAAGUGUGUUAUCCAGAGCAUGAAUUUCGGGUUUGGGCUUCAUUAUUAUGCAGUGUUGAAAUAUGAACUUGGUCAGAUGGUC